GAACAGUUAAAUAUUGACUGACAACAAAUUAUCUAAAAAAGGCAAUUAUUUCACCUACAGGAAUUUGCAUGCAUCAUCACCAACAAUCAAAUGGACAUAAGCAUGGCGAAGAAUUACGAUCACUUGUUCAAAGUCCUACUGAUCGGCGAUCCCGCUGUGGGAAAAACGUGUAUUUUAUGCCGAUUUGCCAACGACGAGUUCAAGACGACCCAUUUAUCUACUAUAGGCAUCGAUUUCAAAAUGAGAACUUUUAAUGUCGAAGGCAGCAGAAUAAGAAUCCAAAUGUGGGACACAGCUGGUCAGGAAAGAUAUGAAACUAUCACCACACAGUAUUACAGAAGAGCACAGGGGAUAAUGUUGGUAUAUGACAUCACAAGAAGGAAAACAUUUGACAAUAUACAGAAAUGGAUACAUUAUGUGGAAGAACAUGCUGGUAGCGAGGUGAAGACCCUCAUCAUAGGAAAUAAAUGCGAUGUUGGUGAAAACAAAAGACAAGUUUCCUAUGGGGAGGGAGAAAAGCUGUCACAGAAAUAUGGGAUACCUUUCUUUGAAACAAGUGCUUACUCAAAUGUUAACAUUGAGAAAGCCUUUGCAGAAAUGUGUCAGUUAAUACUGGGUCAUGUUGACAUACCAGUCAAGAAUGGUCGUAAACGGUCCGAAGCAAUCAUUCUUGCACCCAAACCACCAGACAGUGAAGAAAGAUCAAGUUCAUCUUGCUGUUCAUUAAGCUAAAACACUAUAAUAGUGACUAAAAUGAUAACAUCAAAUUUGAUGUAAACUGACUGUUGUAAAUAAUGCAUUUCAAAAUAAUUGAACCUUCCAUGGUUCCAGAUCUAGGUCCUGUUUUGAGCAGGGUACGAUGGUGGAUAGCAAAGGUUCUUGUAUCAACUCAUGGAACCUUUGGUAUCUAGGGUACAUUUAGGGCUACGAAACACUUCAAUUUUGUGACUUGUUUGCCAAUAGUAACUGUUGAAUCAAAUGCAUUGAAUUGUGCAAACAAGGAUGCAUUUUAUUUCAGAAGUUUAUCAAAAUGAUAAUAUAAUUUAGUCUAAGGUUGUUGAUAUUCAACCAGUAGAGACAAUUCCAUUUUCAUACAUUUUGAAACUAUUCUGUUAACUGUGUGUUGUGAGAUUUUAGAGUACUUGAAAUCACCAAGUGGUUGAAAACCGCAGACAAUUUUGCACAGCAUGCAAGUGCGUAUAAUCUACUACAAUACAAUUCAAUAAAAGCUAAAUUAUUGUCUGCCUAUGAGCAGUGGUCUAAAUCGUGCUUAGAAUAAUAAA